CGGGCGGCGGGUCACGUGGCGGGGCGGAGCCUGCGGCGCCGGCCGGAGCGCGUCAGGAGCGGGUCCGGGAGAAGCUGCGCCGACGCCGCGGCCCCGCGCCCGGCCGUCCCCGCCGCCGCCGCCAUGGGCAUUAAAUUUUUAGAAGUUAUCAAACCUUUCUGUGCAGUUCUACCAGAAAUUCAGAAACCUGAAAGGAAAAUCCAGUUCCGGGAGAAGGUGCUCUGGACCGCCAUCACGCUCUUCAUCUUCCUGGUGUGCUGUCAGAUACCACUGUUUGGAAUCAUGUCCUCGGAUUCUGCGGAUCCUUUCUACUGGAUGAGAGUCAUUCUUGCAUCCAACAGAGGCACUCUCAUGGAGCUGGGCAUCUCCCCGAUCGUCACGUCGGGGCUGAUCAUGCAGUUGUUAGCCGGAGCCAAAAUCAUCGAAGUCGGAGACACACCCAAAGAUCGCGCUCUGUUCAAUGGAGCCCAGAAAUUGUUUGGAAUGAUCAUUACCAUUGGCCAGGCCAUUGUGUAUGUCAUGACGGGCAUGUACGGGGACCCCGCCGAGAUGGGUGCUGGCAUCUGCCUGCUCAUCAUCAUCCAGUUGUUUGUUGCUGGUUUGAUUGUGCUGCUGUUAGAUGAGCUGCUACAGAAGGGUUACGGCUUGGGGUCUGGGAUUUCCCUCUUUAUUGCCACCAACAUCUGUGAGACCAUUGUCUGGAAGGCCUUUAGUCCCACCACUAUUAACACUGGCCGAGGUACCGAGUUUGAGGGAGCGGUCAUUGCGCUGUUCCACCUGCUGGCCACCCGGACGGACAAGGUCCGGGCCCUGCGCGAGGCUUUCUACCGGCAGAACCUGCCCAACCUCAUGAACCUCAUCGCCACCGUGUUCGUGUUUGCAGUCGUCAUCUAUUUCCAGGGCUUCCGUGUCGACUUGCCCAUCAAGUCAGCACGCUACCGAGGCCAGUACAGCAGCUACCCCAUCAAGCUCUUCUACACCUCCAACAUCCCCAUCAUCCUGCAGUCCGCCCUCGUCUCCAACCUGUACGUCAUCUCCCAGAUGCUGUCUGUUCGGUUCAGUGGCAACUUCCUAGUGAAUCUGCUAGGACAGUGGGCCGAUGUGAGUGGCGGGGGGCCGGCUCGCUCUUACCCCGUGGGGGGUCUGUGUUACUACCUUUCCCCUCCGGAGUCCAUGGGGGCCAUCUUCGAGGACCCCGUGCACGUGGUCGUGUACAUCAUCUUCAUGCUGGGGUCCUGUGCGUUCUUCUCCAAGACGUGGAUCGAGGUGUCCGGCUCCUCAGCCAAAGAUGUGGCCAAGCAGCUGAAGGAGCAGCAGAUGGUGAUGCGGGGCCACAGAGACACCUCCAUGGUCCACGAGCUGAACAGGUACAUCCCCACGGCGGCGGCCUUCGGCGGGCUGUGCAUCGGCGCCCUGUCGGUGCUGGCCGACUUCCUGGGGGCCAUCGGCUCCGGCACCGGCAUCCUGCUCGCAGUCACCAUCAUCUACCAGUAUUUCGAGAUAUUUGUCAAGGAGCAGGCGGAAGUCGGCGGGAUGGGCGCCUUGUUUUUCUGAAUGUCCCGGUAUCUCUUGUGUGCGUGAAAGGGAAAAAAUUCUGACGUUUGUUUUUGUCAAACAGUGCUGGUUCCCCUUUCUCCCCGCGGUUUGCUUUGAAGUGCUGACUGGCCCUCUGCCGGGCGGGCGCCGGGCGCCGUGUGCAGCGUCUGGACCGGCUGCCUUAAACUCACGUUUACACGAGUGGGAAGGACACGGGCCGUGUCCCCGCCUCGCUGCGCACGGUGAGGGGGACGAGGACGCAGGUCCGACGUGCGCCAGGCCCGGGCCGCCCGGCACCCCAGCCUGUUCCAGAACCAACAUCGUCCCGUCGCCACUUCGAGAAUUCUGAGCUUAUUUCAUGAGUUCUGGAACAUUUCUAUCUAUAUUUUAGAUAUAAUUUUUAUACUUUUUUAACUCAUAGUAUCCAUGGUCCCCUCCUUUUAUUUGUCCCUCAAAGCAGCCACGUAGCCCAGGUGGGCGAGGCCAAGUCUGGGUCCCGUGGGCGCUGGGGGCUCGGCUCAGCCCGUGCCCUCCCCUGCUUCCUCGGCGGGCGCCCGGGCCGCUCCCCGCCCGUCCCGCAGCCACUUGAGAAUGCUCGUCGACACACUAGGCCCCGGUUUUUCUUUUUUCCUUAAUCCCUGAAGCAAAGUUCUAAUCCUCAAGCAGCGUCCUUAGUUCAGUGGGGGUGGACAAUGAGUAAUUCACGCAGGAAUUUGUGUGCGCUGUUGUAUUUCACAGCAGCAACAUGAGUGUAAGCUGUAGACAAUAAAAUUCCAUUUAAUAAAACUGUUGCAGUUGUGUUGGGAAAAAAAAAACCUGACACGAGACA